CUCAUUGUGAAGCAGAAUAAUUCAGCUGAAUGCUUUCAUGCAGACUCACAGAGUGGCGUCUUUAGAAUAUGUAAACUUUUAUCUGAUCUGCAGCAGCUCAUCAUCAUGAACGGCUGGGUUUGGCUCGUUUUCGCUCUGGCUGUUCCUUUAGCCUCCUCCACAGCUGGAGCAGAGUUCGCUGCAAUAAGAGACAUCCCUGAUACUGCAACUACUGCACUCCUGCCUACUGCUCUUCCUGAUCAUUCUACUACCUCACAAAAUAUUACUACUACACCAAGCUUCACCGCUUCACAAAGCAUUACUACUGUAUCAAGCAUUACUACUACACAAAACAUUACUACAACUACACAAAACAUUACUACUGCACCACACAUUACUACCACUACGCAAAACAUUACUACUACACCACACAUUACUACUGCUACACAAAACAUUACUACUGCACCACACAUUACUACCACUACGCAAAACAUUACUACUACACCAAGCAUUACUACCGCUACACAAAACAUUACUACUGCACCACACAUUACUACCACUACGCAAAACAUUACUACUACACCAAGCAUUACUACCACUACGCAAAACAUUACUACUGCACCACACAUUACUACCACUACACAAAACAUUACUACUACACCAAGCAUUACUACCACUACGCAAAACAUUACUACUGCACCACACAUUACUACCACUACACAAAACAUUACUACUACACCACACAUUACUACCACUACGCAAAACAUUACUACUACACCAAGCAUUACUACCACUACGCAAAACAUUACUACUACACCAAGCAUUACUACCACUACGCAAAACAUUACUACUACACAAAACAUUACUACCACUACGCAAAACAUUACUACUACACCAAGCAUUACUACCACUACGCAAAAAAUUACUACUACACCAAGCAUUACUACCACUACGCAAAACAUUACUACUGCACCACACAUUACUACCACUACGCAAAACAUUACUACUACACCACACAUUACUACCACUACGCAAAACAUUACUACUACACCAAGCAUUACUACCACUACGCAAAACAUUACUACUACACAAAACAUUACUACCACUACGCAAAACAUUACUACUACACCAAGCAUUACUACCACUACGCAAAACAUUACUACUACACAAAACAUUACUACCACUACGCAAAACAUUACUACUACACCAAGCAUUACUACCACUACGCAAAACAUUACUACUACACAAAACAUUACUACCACUACGCAAAACAUUACUACUACACCACACAUUACUACCACUACGCAAAACAUUACUACUACACCAAGCAUUACUACCACUACGCAAAACAUUACUACUACACAAAACAUUACUACCACUACGCAAAACAUUACUACUGCACCAAGUAUUACUACAGCUACACAAAACAUUACUACUGCACACAACAUUACUGGUGCUACACAAAACAUUACUACUGCACCAAGUAUUACUACCACUACGCAAAACAUUACUACUACAUCAAGCAUCACUACUGCUACACAAAACAUUACUACUACACCAAACAUUACUAGUACUCCAAGCACUACUGCUAAUACUACACAAAAAAUUACUGCAACUACACAAAACAUUACUACUGCAGUGAACAUUACAACUGCUACACCAAACAUUACAACUAGUGCACAAAACUUUACUACUUCCCCAACAAUUCCUAUUACUACAUCUAAAACUUACACUACACCUCCUACUUCUACUAGUACUACAUCUCCAACUUCAGUUACCCCGCCUACCACCACUGCCCUGAAAUGUGAUAAUGGAGGGGAAAACGUGAACGGUGUCUGCCUCUGUCCUGAUGAAUGGACUGGAGAGACAUGUUCAGAAGUAAAUUUCUGCGCAGCCCAACGAUUUGAAGGAUUCAGGUUCCCCCGUACACCCAUUGGUUGGUUUGCAUAUUCUGUUGAAAUAUGUGAAGUGGGGACAAGUGGCGCUGGUAAACCUCAGGCUUCAACCAGAUGCUUGUUCAUGAGCGAAUCACCAGGUUUCAACACUCUACAGAUCUUCCAGUGUAACCUGACACUCAGUGACAUACAACAAAAUCUGACAAGUCCAGCUGAUUUAGAGAUGCUGGCAACCAGCACUCAGAUUCUGACAUCCAACCCAGAAGAGCUGACGGCCGAAAAUGUUACAGCAGCAGCUGAGAUCGCCAACACACUGCUGCUGUCUGCAAACGCCACAGAGAGUGUCAGAGUGGCAGCAGUAGCAACGGUCAGUCAGCUGCUGAACACCACUGUAUCAGAUGACACAGAGGAAAACAACACAACUCUGGGGCUGACGGUGACUCUGGACCAGCUCUCUGUGAACCUCAGCCUCAGUCUCAAUGCAUCUCAAUCCCAGGUGGUUCAGCCAAACCUGGUGGUCCAGUCAGCACAGAUUUCUGCUGCACAGACUCAGGGAGUCCAGUUCACUUCUCUUAGAGGGACGUCUGGCAGUUUUGUAGCUGACAGAAUUCAGCUGAACACAAACGCAACACAGGUUGUGGUGGAAAGUGGUUUCAUAGCUGAUGCCCUCAUUUACGUACGAUUCCCUCAAGCUGAAGGUGCCAAAGGUCGUCAGACAGACUCAAACAUCUCCCUGGGUUUCGUUCUCUAUCAGAACGAUCGUUUCUUCCGUUCAAAACUCUACACGAGGCGACGGGCCACCAUCAGGGUCCUGUCAGCAAGCGUCAGAGGGCGGGAACCCAACGUGGUGCCACAACAUGUGGAGAUGAUAUUCAGGCCAAGAAACAUCAGUGGGACGUCUCUGUACGACUUCUCCUGUGUUUUCUGGAACUACAGUCAGAAGGACUGGAGCACCAGUGGCUGCUCUAAAGGAAACACUUCAGAUGGACUCAUGAGAUGUUUCUGUAACCACACCACCAACUUUGCUGCUCUCUGGUCAUACAGAGAGAACUACGAGUAUGCAGAAGCUCUGGGUGUGAUCUCCAUUGUGGGACUUUCUCUUUCUAUUCUGGGUUUGGUUGUGACGAUCAUUUAUCACAUUAAAGAAAACUUCUUCGGGAAGUCUCAUGGUCAGCCAAGUAACCUGAAUUCAAAGCUGGCUCUGCUGUGCAUCUACCUCAGCCUGCUGGCCUUCAUCAUCACCUUCCUCUCUGGAGUCCAAAACUCCAGCAGACAGAUCGACACUGAGGUGCAGAUUCACAAUCGGACCAACGACAUCCUGAACUCUGAUGAACGCAUAGAACCGGACAGCGGCUCGUGUACAGCUGUAGCAGCUCUGCUGCACUUCCUCCUGAUGGCCACCUUCAUGUGGAACAGUGUAUACAGCACUCAACUGGUGCUGCUGGUCCGGUCAAUGCGCCGCAGCCUGCCAACACACUGGACUCCACUGAGUGUGACUCUGGGAUGGGGAGUGCCAGCGUGUUUCAUGGUCAUCACACUGGGGGUGAGCUACAGGGUGGACAAUCCACUGGGAUACAGACAAGAGGAAUUUUGUUGGCUGGCAGCGUUGGAUAAGAACAAACAGUUCAACUUUGGAAAACCGAUGUUUUGGGCUUUCCUUCUUCCUAUCGGCCUGAUCCUGAUUUACAACAUCGUCCUGUUGGUUCUCACCUCCAUGACUACAUGCAAAGUUGAACCCAGACUGACCAGCAACAAGAAGUCGUCUUUAAGCAAGAAGUUCCUCAUCAGUUUAUCUCUGGCGGUGUUACUCGGUCUGUCCUGGACUCUGGGAUAUUUCGUGCUGCUCAGUUCAGAAAAAACACACCAGAUCUUCAGCAUUUUGUUCUAUAUCUGUACAACCACACAGGGUUUACAGAUUUUCCUCCUCUUCACAGCCCGAACGCGGGCCUUCAGAGCCUCCAUCUCACGGUCCAUGCGGUACAUUUCCUCAGUCAACAUCCCUUUGACCAACACAAAGUACAAUCUGUGGAAGAAGUGGAAUACCUGGAAUAUGAGCCAGUCGGAGACCUACAGGGAUCUGAGCGACAUCGAAAUGACCACCAGCAAAACCCUGUAGUACCUGAGGAGGACAUACAAAAAAGCCUCUUGCAGUAAAAACUUGUCAUGUUGACAAGGAUUACAUGCAUACAUCACAAUGAAAAUUCAUAUUUUUCAGUGUAAGCUAAUGGCUGGGAAUAUUGCUGAAGUGUCCUGGAUGAGCUUCUGAUUUUUUAAGUGUAUUUUUGACUGACUGAACUGCAUUUCCAAGAAUUUACAACAUGCUGUUCUGCACUCAGAGGAAGAAGCGGUUGGAUUUCCUGACUGCUUUGACGGUCUCUCGCUCUCUACAUGAUAGCCGACAGAGAUGACAUAGAUUAUAAAGACUGCUCUUCUACGCACUUUUUAUCCAAAAUUAUGAUCCCAAGUUGGCAUUUUUCCUUCACUGCUAUCUGUAAGUUCACUGUAUCUUGUGUAGAAGACAAUGUUUUGUUCAUCGCAUCAAUAGGCAACAUAAAUAAAUAUUUGUUGUCAGGUGAUAAAGUUCAUAUUUUGUCCAAUUCUUUACUUUCCACCUCUAAAUUAGACAUAGAAAAAAUUGAAGGCUCUGAAAAAGCGCUGAGGUUUGUUCAUGCUUUUUGUACAAUACUGCUUGUCAUGGUCCUGGGUCGGUGACCCAGCGCUUUAAUUUUAUUGUUAUCCUUUCUGGUUUAUUCUGAUUUUGUAUUUGUUCUUAGGGUUUGAGUUGUGUGUUUCUUUCAU